AUGAUACUCACAUCAGACCAUAAGAAGGCCCGGAUCCUAACCGUGAUUGCAUGCACCAUCACUGCAUUGGCAUGUGGUUCCAAUUAUGGCUACUCCAUAUGGGGUCCUAGUUUCGCAUCUCGCCUCAAGUUGACUGCCACGGACAGCAAUCUCAUUGGAACGGUGGGCAAUUUGGGGAUGUAUGCCUUUGGCAUUCCUUCCGGUAUGAUGGUCGAUGCAAAAGGUCCACGAUGGGGAGUCGCUUUGGGCAUUGUAUUGUUCGCUGCUGGAUACUAUCCAAUUGCCAAAGCAUACGACGCCGGCCCUGGACACUUUAGCGUGGCAUUGAUUUGUUUAUUCUCUUUCUUCACGGGUGCUGGGAGUUGUUCGGCCUUCACAGCAUCCAUCAAGGCCGCCGCCCUCAACUAUCCCGAAUCUCGAGGAACCGCAACAGCCUUUCCACUUGCGGCUUUCGGACUAAGCGCCUUGUUCUUUGCUGCUAUCGCGCAAUUACUUCCCGGCGGGACAUAUAAUUUUCUCAUUCUGCUCGCCACGGGGACAGUUGUCCUUCCCUUGAUAUGCUUUCCUUUCAUGCGUGUCAUACUCCCUCACGCCUACCAUCAUCUCCCCCAACACGAACGACAACAAGUCCUCCACCGAACCAGAUCACCAGGAAGUCGCCCCCUUCCUCAUCUCGAAGAACCAGGUGCGCCACACACACGAAAACCCCAGGCCCAGUCCUCAAUUAGUAGCACAGAACCGUCCCAAGACCACGAGGGCAAUAAUAGGGACGAAGAAUCUUCCUUGCUCUCCAAAACUUCCAGCCAAGAACAAGACGCCGAAGACCUUGAAAGUUCAAAGCACAUGGAGUCUGACAGGAUUCAUGAACAUCCGCAUUUAGAUAUUCGAGGCUUCGCUCUCUUACCUCAUGCCGAGUUCUGGCAGUUGUUCUUGAUGCUUGGCUUGAUGACCGGCAUCGGUUUAAUGACCAUCAACAACAUCGGCAACGACGCCCAAGCUCUCUGGAAACACUACGACCCUUCCACCUCGGCAUCCUUCAUCGAAAGUCGUCAAGCGAUGCACGUCUCUAUUCUUUCCUUUUGCAGCUUCAGUGGUCGGCUCCUGUCGGGCAUUGGUUCCGACAUCCUCGUGGCGAGACUUGACAGAUCUCGGUUUUGGUGCCUAUUUGUGUCCGCGCUAACCUUUUGCGCGGCACAGGUGGUCGCCACCGCCGUUUCAGACCCCCAUUAUCUUGUGCUUGUGUCAGGUUUGACGGGUCUGGCCUAUGGCAUGUUGUUUGGAGUGUACCCGAGCCUUGUUGCGCAUUGUUUCGGCGUUCAUGGCCUCUCACAAAACUGGGGGACCAUGACUCUCGCACCUGUCAUCUCUGGCAACAUCUUUAAUAUCCUCUACGGAAAGAUCUACGACGCGCAUUCGGUCCGAAACGAAGAUGAAGGACAUAUGGAGUGCCUUGUCGGAAAGGAGUGUUACCAAUCUGCCUACUGGGUGACUUUUGGUGCCGCGGUGCUGGGUGUCCUGUGCUGUCUGUGGAGCAUCUGGCAUGAGAACGAAGUGCACAAAGCUAAAGGCAGAGAAGGUAGGGUAAGUAGGAGGAGAUCUGCUCAUGAAAGAGUCGCUUGA